AUGGAUGUAAUAGUAAUCGGUUGUGGGGCGUCUGGUGUCGCCGCGCUGAGGAAGCUUCACGAAGCCGGCCUUAAGGUCAUAGGUCUGGAAGCUGAAGACAGGAUCGGAGGAAGAAUCAAGACGAUUCAAUAUGGCGACUGCUAUUUGGAUCUUGGAGCUGCAUGGUGCCACGGUGAAAAGGACAAUAUAGUGUACGAAAUAGCGAACCCACUAGGUUUAUUGGGACGACCGAAACCCGACCACAAGUGGUACGUGCAGUCGAGUGGAGAGCUCUUGAGGUCUGACUUGAGUGAAGGCAUUAUUGGGGCGUUGGACGAAGCAGUCUCGAAGGCAGAUAAGAACACCACUCAUUCAGUGUCUGAGUGUGUUAGGAAGGCACUCAAAACCGAUUCAAUAUUAAAAAGUGACCCCAAACUAUCCCUAUCGUUCCUGGAAUGGUUUGAGAAGAACAACCACGUCGGUGGACAAACUGACCCCAGCCACGGCAAGUCCUUGAAGGGUUUAGGAGAGAGCUGGUGCUGUGAAGGGGAAUUUAUGCUCAACUGGAAGGGGAGAGGGUACAGAACUAUUCUAGACGUGCUUUUGAAUAAAUAUCCUGACGCUUCAAAGGAGCUGCCCGUUCAAAUACAUUUCAAGAAAGAGGUGGAAACGAUCAAAUGGCGGUCGCCACAGGCUGGCAACCCUCUCGUACAUGUAAAGUGUAAAGAUGGAAGCCUUUACUCUGCUAAGAGUGUUAUAGUUACUGUUUCUCUUGGUGUGCUUAAAGAGAGACAUCACCAACUUUUCAAACCUCAGUUGCCAGUUGAAAAAAUAAACUCCAUCAACAAUCUCCAACUUUGUGUCCUUGAUAAAAUCUAUAUAGAAUUCACCAAGCCCUGGUGGCCGCAGACGCCCGGAUGUUUUACUAUAAUAUGGCGGGAAGAGGACAAAGCAAAGUUCAAUAAAGAAGAGCAGUGGAUUACUGAAAUAACCGGGUUUAAUACCGUUGAGUAUCAUCCUAAUGUGUUACUGGCAUGGAUUUAUGGCACAGCAGCUGAGAAAAUGGAGAAAUUGACCGUAGAAGAGGUGAAAGUUGGAGUAGAAAAACUAUUAAAUGUUGUUUUUAAGAAGAGUUUCAGUGUGGCCCCUGUUAAAUGCGUUACAAGAACCGAUUGGGCGUCUAAUAAAUUAGUGCGAGGUUCGUAUUCGUACCGCAGUGUUGCCAAUGAAGAGCGAGGUGGUAGCGCCAUCAUUCUCAGCGAACCAUUGUAUUAUGGCGAAAACAUUCCAAUCGUUUGUUUCGCUGGAGAAGCUACUUCGCACCAUAGAUUUUCCGCUGUUCAUGGAGCAAUUGAAGCAGGCUUCAGAGAGGCAGAUAGGCUCAUAGCGAGUUUCAAAAAAUGA